CGGGGGGGGGUGUGUGUGGGGGGGGGGGGUGAGCGGGGUGGGCAGAAACACGUGCAGGGGCUGAAGCACUACUGGAGAACGUGCUGCAGGUGAGGACGGCCCACUGCGAUGUCUCAGUGAUGGACUGUGACAUCCCAGUGGCGAUGUGCCCAGCUGGUGGGCGGUGAUGUGCCCGGCAACUGUCUAUGACAUCCCCCUGGUGCUCCGGAAUGUCUCCAGGUGACGGUUUGUGACCGCGUGGCCCUCACCGCUUAAAUCUGGGCACAGCAGCUCAGCCCAGCGGUUUGUGCCUCCCCUCCAUCUGAGCAUCUGUGCGAGGACUGGAGCGUGGAAUUCGGCGAGCCUCGGUGCUGGGUCGCGCUCUCAGAGCUGCUUUGUGCAGCUCUCAGAGGUACACGUCCCCAGAGCCACCUCUGCUUUUCUCCCAGCCCUGCUCCGACCAGGCAGCUGGGACAUCCAGGAGGCACACGUGCAGCAGCAAAGAACAACACCCGCUGCUGCAGCAUCGGUGCGAGGGAGCGCAUCGACACCUGCCGCUCCCCCCAGCCCACCGCAGCUGGUGGCGAGCAUGGCCGCGGCGUUGGACACCCGCUGCCCGAUAUGCCUGGACGCCUGGGGCAGCGCCGCUUACACUCUCCCAUGCUUUCACCAGUUCUGCUUCCCAUGCAUCCAGCGGUGGGCUGACAGCAAGCCCGAGUGCCCCCUCUGCAAGCAGAGGGUAACAUCAAUUGUGCACUCGGUUCAGGCUGAUGACAAGUUCGAGGAGCUUGUCAUCAGCCUGUCGGCAGCGGCAUCUGCUGACAGAACCCCUGCCCAGGCACCCAGGCCUCUGGUGGGCGGCCUCCCCACGGACACCUGGGGCCAACUUUUCCGGGGGCACCCUGCUCUGCUCCAGCCCCUGCUCUCCUGGGUGCGCCGGGAGCUGGGGCGCAUCUUCAGGACAAGGCGUUCAGAGGUGCUCAUCUUAGAGAACGCCAUCGGGCAGACCCUGUGCCUGUUUGGAAUGGAGGAAGAGCUCCUGGUCCAGCUGUUGGAGCUCGACCUCCACCACCAUGCGGCAACAUUUGUGCAUGACCUCCUGGAUGUUGCCGUGCAACUGUGCAGCAGGGAGGCCCACCGCCUGCUGGGCCUCAGUGUUCCCCCUGCGGCCGAGCAUCGGGAGACCAGCCCCAUGCCAGAAGCCGGCCCAUCUGGCCUCGAAGGGGUGGCUCCUGGACCCAUCCCAGCCCCCUCUCUCCAGUCCGCCAGCUCCAGCGGGGAUGAGGUGCCCGGCGCAUCGCAAGAAGCCUUUCGAGGGAGUUCCAACCACCCUCACUCCACCCCUGCUGCAGAACCCGUGGAGCAGGCAGCACCUCGUGAGGAGCCACAGGAGGCCGCAGCACGUCCCUCCAGCGCCAGGCGGGGCAGGGGCUGCCCACCUGGGGGGCCUUGGAGAGCCCCCAAGAGGAAGACCAACUCCUCCCAGGCCUCUGCACCACCUAAGAAGAGGCCACCCCGCCGGCGACAGUAGAGGAUGCGCCAAGACCAGGGCCGGACAGCAGCUGGGACACACGCUGGCCCCAAAGGACCCAAAGGUCAUCAGGGUCCUAUUCCACCACACAGAGUACAAAUAAAAUCACAGAAAACGUGUCAGUGUUGCAAACAGCCCAGUGGUCAUUGCCAUCCCCACCCCUGCUGCUUUCUCCUCCCUUUCCUGAUGCCGUGCCCACUCUUUGCCCUGUUGCGUUGCUGCCCUGGCAGCACCCACUGCCCCGCUCCAGCCUGCGUCUCCACAGCCGCUCCCAGGAAGGCGUUUCCAGCUUGGGGUCUCCAGGCCAGCCCAUGCCCCAGCCUCAUCACCCCAGCCCGGCCUCCUCCUCACCGCAGCCUCUGACCCCACGGCUGGGGCUCUGCUCUCCUGCCAGCCUGCACUGCUGCUGCUGCGGCCCGGCCACAGUGGCACCCAGGUGCCUCCUGCACAGUCACGGCUUGGUGCUGCUGCUCUCGCUGGGCAUCUGGGGCUGUGCCCUGCCCAGGUGCAAACCCCAAGUUGCUCAGCGAGGGGAAGGGCAAAUUGCUGCACCUGGGGAGGAACAAGCCCAGCAUCAGGACAGGCUGGGGGCACGCACCUGGAAAGGACCCAGGAGUCCUGUCGCACACCAACUUGACUGUGAGCCAGCAACGAGGCCUGGCCGCAGAGCAGGCAAAUGCUGUCCUGGGCUGCUUUGGGCACGGUGUUGCCGGCAGCUCCGGAGAGGUGAUCCUCUGCUCUGCUCAGCUCUGGGGAGGCCACAGCUGGAGUGCUGGGACCAGUGCUGGGCUCCCCAGUCCAAGACAGACCUGGGCGUGCUGGAGCAAGUCCGGUGGAGGGCCAAAGAGAUG